CAGGGGUCAGCAGUUCGAUUCUGCUUCACUGUUCCUUACCUGUGAUGCAAGACUAGCCGAUAAUUGUUGAGUUGAAUCAAUGGCUAAAUUGCAGAAAUGGGUUUUUUAAGGUGCCUUCUUGUUUAGAAAGGGACCUUGGGCCAGCUGUCCCGCAGGCUGACAUGACACCCCGAGUUCGGGUGAUGGGGUGUCGCUGCCGGUGGGAGGGCGCCUUGCUCCUGGCAAGGAUGUGUUUUCCGGGGUAGGCGGAGUGUUUCAUGUGUUGGCCCGGGCUAAAGCUCAAGUGUGUUGAUCCCGAUGGUUUCUUCUGGGAUAACAACAUGGCGAAAGGAGGUUAAGCUUAUCAGUGAGGACUGGGAGCAACCUUUACCGGAACGGGAAUAACGGAAGAACAUCAGCGGGCUGGGGGCGGAAGAAGGGCGGAAGGUCCGCCCCGGAGGAGACUGCCCGGGCGGUGAUGCGUUUCCGGUGUGGGGCAGGGCUUAUCGCGCCUGCGCGAUCGGCCUCCGCCGACUGAAGGGGGCUGGCACUGUGGGCUGGGAGAGAUGCGCCAUCGGGCGACCGCCAGGCGCUGCCGUGAAGCCUGCAGGUGCCUGCUGUCUGGAUUUGGGGGUCGUGUGGAAGGGACGCAGCCGGAGCGGGUGACGGGAAGGGCGAACGUACACGUGGAGCUCCCCGGGGCUGGCGGGCCGGCGGCAGCCCCCGAGCACGAAGAGGGGAGCGAGGCGCUGGUGGACAUCUGUCGGAGAAGGCAUUUCCUCAGCGGCACACGGCUGCAGCUCAGCCCAGAUUGUCUCCUGAACGGGCGCCACCCGGGCUUGGGGCCCUGGGGCGUGGAACUGCGCAGAAAUCUGGCUGCAGAAUGGUGGUCCUCGGUGGUGGUGUUCCGGGAGCAGGUGUUCCCGGUGGACGGCCGCCAUGGGGAGCCGGGGCUGGCGCCUCGUGGGGACGGGGCCUUCAGGUUAGUCUCUACAGAAACCCUGCGCCAAAUCUUGCAAGACAAGGAGCUGAGUAAGGAAGAGCUAGUAGCAUGUCUUGAGAACUUGCUAGACACUGCGGGGAAGCUGCGGGAGAGCCUCCUUCACGGUGCUUUGGAACAUUAUGUUGAUUGCCUGGAUCUGGUCAACAAGCGGCUGCCCUUUGGGCUUGCUCAGAUCGGAACGUGCUUUCUUCCCGUUUCUGACGCUCGGCAGACACCCGAUGGCGUGAAAAGAAUUGGUGAGAAGACAGAAGCUUCCCUGGUCUGGUUUACAUCUCCAAGAACUUCAAGCCAGUGGCUUGAUUUCUGGUUACGCCAGCGACUCCUGUGGUGGAGAAAGUUUGCUGUGAGCCCCUCGAACUUCAGUAGCAGUGACUGUGAGGAUGAAGAGGGUCGCAAAGGAAGCAAACUGUUGUACAGCUUUCCCUGGGGAAGGGAGCCCAUAGAAACCCUGUGGAAUCUGGGAGAGGAAGAACUUCUACACAGCUUUCCUGGAGAUGCCGCCAAAUUACAUGGCCGAGAUGGACGCAAAAACGUGGUUCCUUGUGUGGUGUCUGUGAGCGGGGACCUGGACCGUGGCGUGCUGGCCUACCUCCACGAUUCUUUCCAGCUGACAGAGAACUCCUUCACCAGAAAGAAACACCUUCACAGAAAGGUACUUAAGCUCCACCCUUGCUUGGCCCCUAUCAAGGUUGCUCUGGAUGUAGGAAGAGGCCCAACAGCGGAACUCAGGCAGGUCUGUCAAGGACUAUUUAAGGAGUUACUAGAGAGCGGCAUUUCUGUAUGGCCUGGUUAUUUGGAAACUGUGCCAUCUUCACUGGAACAGCUUUAUUCAAAGUAUGAUGAAAUGAGCAUCCUUUUCACUGUCCUUGUUACCGAAGGGACUUUGGAGAACGGCUUAGUCCAACUGAGGAGCAGAGAUACCACAAUGAAGGAAAUUAUGCAUAUUUCCAAAUUAAAGGACUUUCUGAUCAAGUAUAUAGCAUCAGCUCAGAAUGUGUAGAUAUUUAUACAAUAAAUAUUUUUCUCUGCUGA